AUGUCGGACCAUUGUUACCACGUGCACGAUAUUGUGGCAAAAGGUGGGGCCAACAAUAAAAUGGUGGCCACAGAUUUAGCAUGCACGCUAUAUCAAAACGACUUAUCUUACUGCAAAAGACCUACAAUCGCACCCACUGUCAGUCAAGAAUUUGAGCCGUUAGAUGACCAUGGUGGUGAUCAACCGACAAUUACCCACAUUACAAUCGAGACUUCACACACUAGAACACCUGUAUCCAAUUGCACCAAGGCCAGGCUGGUGGUCGGCCAAUCGAUCAAAUAAGGGCCGCUGACUUAGCAUGUUCACUAUUUGAACAUGAUAUAUCCUAC